CGAUGAGAGGUCUAAAAAGAAAAUUAUGUAAAGUGUUUCUGUGUCAGCAUGGCUAGAACAAAGCAAACUGCCCGUAAGUCAACUGGAGGAAAAGCUCCACGGAAGCAGCUUGCCACCAAGGCUGCUCGUAAGAGUGCUCCGUCAACUGGUGGUGUGAAGAAGCCUCACAGAUACCGUCCUGGUACUGUCGCUCUUCGUGAGAUUCGUCGUUACCAGAAAUCCACUGAGCUUCUUAUUCGCAAGCUGCCCUUCCAGCGUCUUGUUCGCGAAAUCGCUCAGGACUUCAAGACUGACCUUCGUUUUCAGUCGGCAGGCAUUUGUGCUCUUCAGGAGGCAAGCGAAGCCUACCUGGUCGGCCUAUUCGAGGACACCAACUUGUGUGCCAUCCAUGCUAAGCGUGUCACCAUCAUGCCCAAGGACAUGCAGCUGGCACGUCGCAUCCGUGGCGAGCGGGCAUAAGCUGUUUAUGGCUCACUGAUAUUCAUGCAAUAAUUACCUGCAGCUUAUACUCGCACACCCAUAUGCAUGUAGCGUGCCUCUUGGACUUUGUACGAGUAGGUUUUGGUGAAAGAUUUUCGGUGUGUCACAUAAGAUCUACAUGUACAUCAUGCAACUUACUUUGGUCUCGUACUUGAGUGGUAGCAUAUCACACACCAACCUGCAAACACUAGCAUGCCAUAAUGGUUAUUUUUAGUGGUUGUCUCAUAUUUGUCACCAUU